AUCCGGAAUGGCCUCGCUUGCAUCCCUCGCUGGCCUCGCGGCCUACCCGUUCCAGAGCCAGCGCAUGUUGGUCGAGUGCCAAACGCAGAUCUUCCGAGACCACUCGGCCGGCCAGUUCUGGGCGCUCGUCGCUGCGGGCGACGCCGACGCCGUCCCGCCGGCGCUGGCCUACGCGGUCCAGACGAUCCAGAACCUCGAAGAGGUCGCAGCGUUCCUCCAGGCGACGACGAUCCACGCGCGCCCGAUCAUCUCGCUCCUCAAAGCCCACCUUCGCGCGAUCCUCUUCCACGACGCCGAGCAAGCCACGGUCUUUAUGCGGGCGUUGGAAGCGCUGGGCACAGCGCUCAUUGCAUCACGCGACGCUGCGCAUGGCAUGACGAUGGCCCUCCUGCGCGACCAGCUGCAGUACCUCGAGUGGCUCCAGCUCACGCAGCCGUCGCUCCUGCACGUCUUCUUGCACCAAAUCGACACGCGCGUCGAAUCGACGUGUCGGGCCGAGUACGAAGUCCCGCUGCUCGAGACGAUGCUGAUAUGGGUCGAGACGACGCUCUUGCCGUACGCCGAGACGCUUCUCGUCGGUCGCAGCACGUCGCCGCGGGACGUACUGCGCCUCCAUACCUACACGGCCUUUGGCCGCCUUCGCAUAAACGAGCUCUUUAGCAUGGUCAGAGCCUUCCCAGAGAGUCUACCGGCGAUCGCCGACCUCACCAAUGCGAUCGCGAUCACGCAGCAGCAGCGCGACCUCCUUGCCGUAUUUCGCCGAGCCAUCACCAGCCGCUUGCUCCAGCCCGGUGUAGCCACGAGCGCCAUUAUCGUCCUGUACACGCGUAUGAUCAAGACGUUCCGCAUCUUGGAUCAGCGGGGUGUUCUUCUUGAAGGCGUGAGCGGCCUGAUUGACGAGUACCUUCAGAAGCGCAAGGAUACGAUUCGGUGCAUCGUCGCCAGCUUGACCGACGAUGAACAUGGCGAUCUCUUUGAGGAGCUGCGGCGCGACGGCUUGGUCGAUACGACCGCCGAGAGCGACGACGACGAAGAAGGGGAUCCUGAGACGUGGCAGCCCGACCCGAUCGAAGCCGACCCAAAGAAAACCGCGCGGUCCCGCGCCCACGACGACAUUCUCAGCAUUCUGGUCAAUAUUUACGGCUCGAAAGAACUGUUUGUGAACGAAUACCGUCUCAUGCUCGCAGACCGACUGCUCGUGAACCGCGACUACAACACAGACCGCGAUCUGCGCACGCUGGAGCUCCUCAAGUUGCGCUUUGGCGACGAGAGCUUGCAGCCGUGCGAUAUCAUGGUCAAGGACGUGGAAGAGAGCAAGCGCGUCCAGGCCAACGUAGCGUCGAUCGUGGACGCUACGAUCGUGUCGCAGCACUUUUGGCCGCCGUUCCAGGCAGAGGACGUUGUUCUCCACAAGCAACUGUCGGACGCGAUCGAGGCGUACAGAGCUAGCUACCACGUCCUCAAGAACCCUCGUACGCUCGAAUGGAUGCCAUCGCUUGGCUCGGUCGACUUGGAGCUAGAGCUCAACGGACAUCACGCCCCCUUCACGUGCUCGUCCAUCCAAGCUUCCAUUCUCCUGCAUUUUGAGACGCAAGAGUCAUGGACCAUGUCGGACCUGGCCGAUGCGAUGGAGUUGGACGAAGCGGCGCUGCGUCGACAUGCGCGCUUCUGGGUGCAUCACAGUGUGUUGACACUGGUCGGUGCUGUGCUGACGCUCCAGAGUACAACCUUUACGCCGCGUGCAACGUCGGCACCGGCCGUCGACGAGGACCCGAUCGAGUCGGCGGUCUCGUCCGACUUGCAGCUCGAGCAAGAGAUCGAGGUCCUGCAAUCGUACAUCAUUGGCAUGCUCUCCAACUUUGAGUCGUUGCCGCUCCCGCGUAUCCAUACGAUGCUCACAACAUUUGCCCGGAGUGGCCCGACGCCCUAUGACAAGACAACGGGCGAACUUGCAGCGAUUCUGCGGGCGCUCGUCGCCCGCGGCCGGCUCGAGUAUGUCGGAGGCCAGUACCAGCUGCACAAGUAAGUCUCGAGAUCGACGACGAUCUGUGCGUCGAAAGCUUGAUGCACAAUCAUCUGACGCCGCAGAUCGCGUCCGAGGGUUGCUCGUAGAGUGGGGCCUUUGUUUCCAGCGAAUAUGGGGGUAGAGUUGGCUGCCAGAUCGUAAAAUUGCACGACAAACUCAUGCAA